CAGCGCACACCGAGAUGGAGUUCAUGCAUGAAGCGUAGGGGCAUCGGCCUCGACCGGACGACGGACCAAGUGAUGAUGAGAUGUUACAAUGUGCGAUGAUGACUGGAAGCUGGACUGCAUCGACUGCUCGAAGCGCAAAGGCUUACUGGCGAGGAUUUGCGAGGUGUCUUGUGCGUCGUCAAGUGUCAGCCCUUCUACUACAGUGUAGAGGAGGCACGACAAGAACUGGGCCAUUGAGGCAUGCCUGCGGACUCUGCAAUACAUGGCCACCUUUCCAUGGGAGGCUGCAUUGCUGCGUAUUACAAAAGACGCCAUUCUGGACUAAAUCACGAUGCAGGAUUCGGGAUGGCUUUCACUUUGUUCUUCACCUUGUUACCGAAAACGCUUCAGCACGCUUUGGCAAACGAUUGUCUGGACGGUUCAGCCUAACCUUUCUUCGUCUUUUCGUCACUCAGUAUGGUCUGGCGACACUUCCUCCAUUAUCAGAACUCGGGAGUGCGUGGAAGACACACUACGUGCGAUUGCGGGAUGAACCCCUCUCAUGGUUGUUGGUAGACAAAGGAGGAAGCUCUGGAGUCGGGAUGCCCUCUCCCGUUGGGUGGGAGAUGUGGGCGGUAGGUCUGGAUUGGUAUUAGGCAUGAUUCCGAGGAAAAGAUUUUAGCUUUCUCUGUUUAUUCAUGGCAACGCAACGAUGGCGAGCCAAGGAGGUCAAUUAAAAGGGUCGGGACUGGCUACUUUGCUCAGACAUUGGGAAAGACUGCUGUUAUGAAUUUGGCUUGGAGUGACCGAGCAGAAUAACUGUGAGGCAAUCGACUCUAUUUUUCAUUCUGGGCUCACAGCCGGCAUCUCUUGACCGACAGGGUAGUGACAUGAGGACGUAUAGUGAUGCUCGGAAAAAUCGUAGUUGAGGUGCGGAAAUGUACCUACCUUAUUCACGCGAC